AUGGGUUCUUUGCGGGCAGCCGACGGGCGGGCUCUUCCCGCCCGUCGGCUGCGGGCUCUACAACCGCGGACGGGUUUUGUCAAGGUCUAUCACAAAAGCACAUCUAAUGAGGCAGUGAAAUUAGAUGGAACUGCCCGCGCAGGGGAUGGAUAG